CUGUUGGCCAGACACUCCGGACCAGGCCACGGCAGGUCAGACAGCAUGGCGACUCAUACUUAGCCUGCCAACGCCCCUGGCCGUGCUUUGCUUCAUGGCACUUCAUCCACCCGUCGAAAAUGAAUGUCGCCCAAAGGUCAGCACUCCCAGAAGAUAUCUCCAAGACGCGACAUGCGGCAAUUUUUGGCGUGGGCAUCGGAUUCAUUGUGUUUGACUCCAUCGUCGUCGCGCUGCGCAUUUAUGCUCGCGCUUUCAUGCUGCGCGCCCUGGGAGCGGACGAUAUUCUGAUGAUAAUCGGGGCGAUACUCAACUUUGGAUUAUCCAUCACAAUCAUGACCGGCUCGCGGUAUGGGAUCGGAAAACAUGCGCUUGCCAUAACGGAAAGCGACACCGUGCCUAUGCUAAAGUGCAUAUGGGUGACACGUUUCUUUUACACGCUUUCCAUGGGGCUGGUCAAGAUGUCCUUACUGUGGUUCUACCUACGUCUGGAUCCCCGGAGAUUCAUGCGCUGGGCUGUCUUCUUCGUUAUAUUCCUCAAUAUCGGUCUUUCCCUCGCAAGCUUCAUCGGGUCACUCGCCAGCUGCAGACCUCCAUCCUUGUUCUGGACGAGCCCAACAGGAGAUAGCCGCUGCAUGUCCCUAGGCGCGCAGCAACUCUUCUACGAAGUUAACGGCGUCUUGAAUAUUGUGACAGACAUCCUGAUCUACCUCCUCCCGGUUCCAAUGCUCUACGGCUUACAGGUGACCUGGCGUAAGAAGGGGGCCAUCCUGGCGAUCUUCGGGCUGGGGAUUCUGUCCAUUGCUGCGGCCUGUGUUCGCUACAAUUUCGUGAGGAGACUUGCUUCCGCCAAAGAGGAGUAUUACCUCCUUCUGGCUGACUCUCUCAACUGGUGCACGAUUGAGGCUUACGUCGCUAUUUUCUGCGGCUGCGCCCCUUCACUCUCCGUUCUGAUCAAGGCGUACGCCCCCUCAAUCUUCGGCUCCAGCACGGCCAGAAUUUCCCACAGCGCGCAGUUUCCCGGAGCGGGUGAUCUGCAGCAACGCAGCGCUCGGAAAGCCAAUCGGCGUCGGGGUCUGGCCGAUACGACGCUGGGGAGCCAGGAUGCCAUCGUUACUGGCAGCACCCCUGAUCAACUGGAUCAGGACGGGAUCGCGAUGAAGACAAUUAUACAGACGUAUGUUACCACGCGGGGAUCGACAGAGGAGGAAAGUCAUCGGAGAGAGUAUUAAGAUCUUGCGAGGCGGACGUGGUGCUUCAUGCCACCGCAUGGAGAGUCGAAUGGCGCACGUUCAUGUAAGAAAGGCACAAAAUCGGCCUGGCAAGUGAGCCACUGUGCAGUACUGCAUGCCACAGCCCCCACCCCUCAAUCUCCCCUCUGGCCGGGUCAGAAGCACAAACCACCGGCUCUAAUGAGCCUAUGACAUUCCUUUCGAUCUCUAUUGAUCCUCUUGCACGGG